AGAUCAUCGCACUGCUAGAGCCCGCUUGCACCGUGGUGCACUACGCCAACAUGCGCGCCGUCUUGCCCCUGUUGGUGGUGCUGGUGCUGGCCAGCAGAGUGCAAGGUUUCUCAAUUGGCGACGCGCUCGGGGACGUUGCGGACACUGUCACCGGCGCGGUGAGCGGCGCUGUGGACACCGUCUCCGACACUGCUGGAAACGUGGUCGACGGUGCAGCGAACCUUGGCGGCAAUGUGGUUGAUACAGUGGUGGAUGCUGCGAAUUCGGCUUGGGAAGGCGUGAAGGAUGCCUAUGAGUGGGUCGAGUGCACGGCGGUGGACUUUACAGUCUUUGACAUGGACCCAUGCUGGGAGGCUCCCCCAAGCGACUUGUGCACUGAAGACUGCAAGGCCAACCUCCUGCAGCUGCCACAGGCCUGUCUCGAUCGCCUGGUGACCGGCAUCUACAACUCCGGCAACGAAACGACCAUCGACCGCGUGGAGAGCCAGAUUGCGGCAUGCAACAUCACGUGGACGGAGUGUACAGCAGUCAACUGGGCGACGUUCGACAUGGGGCCCUGCGAGAACGCGGCCGAGGACAACUUGUGCCCGGAAGACUGCCAGGCGCAACUGCAGAAGCUGCCGCAAGCCUGCCUCGACAGACUGGUGACGCAAAUUGGCAGCCAGGGAAACGAGACGAUCAGCGAGCGCCUGGAGGCUCAGAUAGAGGCCUGCGGCAUGAAUUUCACGCUGCUGUCCACCAAUGGCAGCCCACGGGCUUCUGCCUAUGGCAGCCUGGUGGUGCCCCUGGUCGUGCUGCUGGCGAGCAUGCUUCUGCUGGGGUUGCUGGGGCCGUGA